AUGUUAGAUGAGAGUGAGACACAGCCAAAUGCAGCAACUGAUGAAAUGACCCAAUACCUUGAUAGUGAUACUAUUCAUAUUGCGCCUCUUGCAUUCUGGAAAGAGCAUCAAACUCGCUUUCCAGCAAUUGCUGCCCUUGCGCGGGAUAUACUCUCCUUUCCUGCAACAGGCGCAGGAGUUAUUAUUAUUAUUAUUAUUAAUCAAGUUUAUUGUCUAUACCCAGCCCUACUGGCUAUGACAGACCACUAG